GUCCUGAGGGGAGGGGGCGGAGCGGGCGCGGCCCCGGGUCCUGAGGGGGCCGGGCCGGGCCAGCAGCCGGUGACGCGCCGCUCUGCUCGCCCCGCAGCCUACUCGCUGGACGGGGUGCUGGUGCUCGGCCUGCUCUUCGUCUGCACCUGCGCCUACCUGCGGAAGGUGCCGCGGCUCAAGGCCUGGCUGCUGGAGGAGGAGCGCGGCGUCUGGGGCGUGUUCUACAAAGCUGCAGUAAUUGGCACCAGACUUCAUGCAGCAGUUGCUAUAUCCUGCAUUGUGAUGGCUUUUUAUGUUCUGCUCCUAAAAUGAGUCCCAAGGCUUCAGACACACAAACCUGCUUGAGAGAACCUGCUGAAAAGGAGGACAUACUUGAGGCAAAGAGACAGGUCAAUAUUUAAUCUCUUAAAAGGAAUGGGCAGAGCACAGUUUGGCAAUGCCGAGAGGAAAUGCCCCAAUUACCAAGUAUUUUCCAAACCAAGAGAGGGACAUCUGCUUUUCACAGUGGCUCCAAGUUUUCUCUACUUUUAGCAGAAUGAGAUGACGUUUAUUUUCCUAGCCCUUUAUGAAGUAAUUAGCAAAGAUCACAUAAUG